AGUGCAGCAAUGACAUCAAUCAUGUUAAUGACUUUACUCAUGACAUCCCGCUUGCUACGAUUUGCAUUGUCACAUCGUUAAACUGUUUGGAAAUCCCGUUUCCAUGGCAACACUAAAUCACUUUAAAUCAUCGACAAGAAUACAUUGAAUGUUUGUUUUACCAAGUUACUCGCUUGAUUCAUCGAGAUAGAAAAAUCAAAUAUUCGGAAGUACAAACGUAAAUAGACUGCGUUAAAUUUCCGAGAAUGAUGACAGCGUGUGCCACAGAGGAUGCCAUCUAAGGUUGUCAUGGUAACGUGUCUAGUCCAAUGACAAGUUGCAGCACUAAUUACCAUGGUAAUCGGUCGGAAGCAAGGUCGUACAUGGGAUUAUUAUCGAGCAUAAACCACUCAAAAAUAUCGGUUUACAGCCAUGAAUCAUGUUUUGCAGUCAACUUCUACAGUUUCAUGACGGUGACUUCAAUGUUGAGCGAGGCGAAAAUCCCUUUAAAACCCAUCUCUACACGCUGUGGUUUGUCUCCACUGUUCAUGAAAUCAGACGGUCUGGGUUAAUACACUAAAGACGCGUUAACCAAGAAUAUCAUUUCGUAGUUAUUGUCGGUUUUGAAGUUCAUUUCCGUGGUUGUUGAAAAUGGCUUGGAUAACAAACUUUAUUUCGUAUAUCACCGGGAGCGAACAGCAACCUGAAAAAAGAACAAUGGACUUGCCAUCAUCCAAUGAUGUCUUACGCUUGUCUGCAGACAGUGAAAACCAUUUGCAAAGUAUUCCGUCCAGCAGUGGCUCCCAGUCCCUUGGAGUGGAUAACAGAGGUUUAGACGGGGCUUGUUUUGACAAUCGUGGAUUGGAGGACAGCGAGACGGAAUUCAAUCCAGAUCAACCCGUUCUAUCGUUUUCAAGACUUUCGCAUUCUCUGGAGACUCGACGAUUGUCCAAACUGGCCGAAAAGGAUCAUUGGUUUACGCCCCCAACUGAACGUCGCAACAAAGCGAUCCCAACCCGACGAGCUACGACGACAAAAGAACGUAGUGACAGUACAUCUACCACAAAGACCUAUAGCAAACAAGGCAAACGAUGCUCUGAUUAUGACACUGUAGAGAUAAAGCGAGGGAUUCAAGAUGAGUUAGGGUUCAAGAUAGAAGGAGGAUUAGAUAAACCAUGUUAUCCAGGUGAUCCUGGUAUCUUUGUCCAGUACACUAUUCCAGGAACUCCAUCACAUCAUAAACUACAUCCAGGGGACGUCAAUGAUAUCAAUAUUUCUCGUGUAACAAGGGAGCAUGCCAAGGAUAUCAUCGCUAAUGCUACUGGGUCUGUAGUAGCGUUAUACGUCAAACGAGCGACACAACGUCAGCAAAUGAUAGAAAGUGCUUUGUCGUCAGACAGAAACGGACAGACCUGCUUUUUUACAAAAGAACAAGUCGAAGAGUUUGAAGACGCAUUUUCCAUGUUUAAUAAAGACCAGACUGGWUUGAUAAAAACCACUAAAGUAUUCAGCCUUAUUCGAUCACUUGGACACAAUCCUGCCGAACAUGCUGUCUGGGUAUUUCUUAACGAUUUAGGUCUUACAGCAAACUGUAGGCUGUCGUUUCAAGAUUUCGUGGACUUGAUGACAGUAAUUGUAUCAGAGCAAUCACCUGAAUACGAGACAUCAUCAGCCUCGAAUGUGUUCGACACGGACGAACGAGGAUUCGUUACGGUACAAGAACUGUACGAAGCGUUUGAGCGCAUGCCCGGUAGAGAAAGAAUGAAAGAUUAUGAAUUGAAUGAAAUCAUUGGUAGAGCAGACCCCGCUGGUCGAGGUAUCAUCAAACUCAACGACUUCGAGAACCUUCUUCAACCAUCCCUUACGUUGUAUUAGAAGAUGAAAGAUAUAUUUUUAAUAACAGAUUUCAAGAAAUAAUAAAGUAAUAUUGCUAUCAUCGUGUAGUUUCAGUUCAGUAACUGCUUGUUUCCAGGCUCCUCAGGCAUUUGGGUUUGCAACAAGAACUUUUUGACAAUGUUUUAGCUCUUGGUUUGGAUUUCACUUGUGCCAAACAUCGUCUGGAAUGUCAUUGGACUAGGGCUCGUUCGCCUUGUUCUUGAUUCCUCUCGCUAUGCAUGACUGGGAACAAAAGCAAAGAUGGCUGCGCAAAACAGGGAAUCCAAUUAAAAAAACACUUAGAAUAAGCGUUCACUAAARUAACUUUCCAAAGGAAUCCCGAGUUAAAAUUUCGGCCUUUUUUUCAUUGUCGUCGCUUAUCAGUCACAUAUUGCCCACAGGUAGCCCAAGCUCAGCAAGUGUCGGCGAGAGUGAUGGAAGAAGACAUAAAUUCAACGUCUACAAAUACGGUCAAAUCACUUACAAGAGCUCUUACAAAUGCACACAUUUGUUGUGUACACACACAAAAUAUGCGCAGCGUUUUUAUACUGAAAUGUAACUAAUGUAUAAAUGAUUCACUAGUAGAUAUCAAGCAGAACCCCGAGCUCACGCAGCUAUGCGUCUAGUUGCAAAAAAAAAACAAAAUGCGGAGAAAAUCAUACAGUGUAUAGCCUGAUCGUAUUCAUAAUGACACCCUCCCAUAAUUAAAGUAAGUUAAUAACCUCGAACCUCGGCAUUCAGCCAUAUAGAUCCCUCGGGUCUGAGUCCCUUAUAUGGCUGAAUGUCUGCGGCCCUCGGGUCUGAGGCCCUUACAUGGCUGAAUGUCGAGGUUCCCGGUAUUUAACUCUUACAUUAAAGACCACGCCAUUUUGAAAAGGCAUUAAUAUAAGAUAUUUUUAUUUGCUUUCUCCUGUAAGCAUCGAUGAUAUGUCAAUUGUACAGUAAGGAUGUUUUAUCGAUA